AUGGCCUACGUUGUACCGAUACAUCGAGCGAGCAGCAUCCGCCAUGCCCUGAAGCUGAAUUUCGUCAAUCCGGAGGAGGAUUGUCUGGUUGUUGCGAAAUCUAACCGUCUCGAAUUCUACGUUCCGACUCCCGAUGGACUCAAUCUCGUGACGUCUUGCGCCGCCUAUGCGAGGGUAACGAUGCUGGCGCGCCUUCCGGCGCCCGCCAACUCGCCUACCGACCAUCUCUUUGUCGGCACCGACCGGUACACAUAUUUCACGUUAUCCUGGGACAGUUCGAAAAACCAAGUUCGUACGGAAAGGGAAUAUGUCGAUAUAUCCGAUCCGUCGUCGCGGGAGUCGCAAACAGGAAACCGGUGCUUGAUCGAUCCAAGCGGGCGGUUCAUGACUCUGGAGAUCUAUGAAGGCGUCAUUGCAGUCGUGCCCAUCAUACAACUACCCAGCAAGAAACGAGGGAGGAAUGUCGCCUUGCCUUCGGGUCCGGAUGCACCGCGGGUGGGAGAGUUGGGUGAGCCGGCAACGGCCAGAAUAGAGGAGCUUUUUGUGCGGUCGUCGGCGUUCUUGCACGUGCAGGAGGGACUCCCGCGUCUGGCAUUGCUGUAUGAGGAUAAUCAGAAGAAAGUUAGGUUGAGGGUCAGAGAAUUGCAGUAUCAUGCUGCAACCGGGAGCACCAACAUUGCCGACGCAACAUUCGGGGAACCAGCAGACUUUACGCAGGAGCUGGAACUUGGGUCUUCGCACUUGAUACCAGUACCUGCGCCAUUAGGCGGUCUAUUGAUCCUUGGUGAAACGUCAAUCAAGUAUGUCGACGCUGAUAAUAAUGAGAUUAUAUCCCGCCCAUUGGAUGAGGCGACUAUUUUUGUAGCCUGGGAACAGGUUGAUAGUCAGCGGUGGUUGUUGGCUGAUGACUAUGGAAGGCUCUUUUUCUUGAUGUUGGUGCUGGACUCUGACAAUCAAGUCGAAAGCUGGAAGCUAGACCUGUUGGGCAAGACCUCCCGUGCAUCCGUCCUGGUCUAUCUUGGUGGAGGUGUUUUAUUUUUGGGCUCGCAUCAGGGAGACUCCCAAGUGUUGCGCAUCAGCAAUGGCUCUGUGGAUGUGGUUCAGACUCUGCCGAACAUCGCACCCAUAUUGGACUUUACAAUAAUGGAUCUUGGCAGUCGCACAAGUGAGAGCCAGACCCACGAGUUCUCCUCGGGUCAAGCACGAAUUGUUACUGGAUCAGGUGCCUUUGACGAUGGAACGCUUAGAAGUGUCCGCAGCGGUGUUGGGAUGGAGGAAUUAGGUGUUCUUGGAGAGAUGGACCAUAUUACAGAUCUAUGGGGCUUGCAAGUCGGCAGUAAGGGAGAUUUCUUGGAUAUAUUGUUGGUCACUUUCGUGGAUGAGACUAGAGUGUUCCACUUCAGUCCCGAUGGUGAGGUUGAAGAGAUGGACCAUUUCCUCGGAUUGAGUCUCUCAGAAAACACCCUUCUCGCCGCAAAUCUUCCUGGUGGACGGAUCCUCCAAGUCACUGAGCGAAGAGUACUUAUUGCCGAAGUGGAGGGUGGCAUGGUGACAUACGAAUGGACUCCGCCGAAUCAGCUCAUCAUAACGGCGGCUUCUACCAACAAUGAUAUGAUUGUCCUCGUCGCAGGUGGUGAGCUCGUGACGGUUCUCGAUAUUGGAAACGAAGUUCGGCUUGUAACGCAGAAGGACUUUGGUGCAAACAGCCAGAUAUCCGGUGUCACAGUACCAGCAUCGCCAACCGGAGUGUUCAUUGCAGGAUUUCCUCAGCUUGCGAAAGUGUCGGUAUUAAAACUUCAGGAUCUAGCAGAGGUUCAGUCGACAUCUGUCGGCCCUGCUGGUGAAGCAUUUCCUCGAUCUGUUCUUGUUGCAGACGUCCUGUCCGAUAGCCCGCCCACCUUGUUCAUCUCAAUGGCGGACGGCAGUGUGAUCACUUACUCAUUCAACCCCGACGACGUCUCAUUGACCGGUAUGACCAAGCUGAUUCUAGGCUCUGAGCAACCUACAUUCAAAAAGUUACCAAGAGGAGACGGCCUGUUCAAUGUCUUUGCGACUUGCGAGAAUCCAAGCAUGAUUUACGGAUCGGAGGGCCGCAUCAUUUAUUCUGCGGUCAACUCUGAAGGCGCUUCUCGGAUAUGUCAUCUCAACUCCGAAGCAUAUCCUGGGUCAAUUGCAGUAGCAACAUUGCAUGACCUGAAGAUUGCCCUGGUGGACAAAGAAAGGACGACGCAGAUUCAAACUCUCCCAAUUGGUGCAACUGUCCGCCGAGUGGCGUAUUCGCCGUCCGAGAAAGCGUUUGGUAUUGGCACUAUUGAACGAAAGCUCGUGGAUGGAGCAGAAAUUGUCAAGAGUGAGUUCAUGCUUGCUGACGAGAUCUUGUUCCGCCGACUCGAUGCUUUCGAGUUGCGUCCGGAAGAGUUGGUGGAAAGUGUCAUUCGCGCGGAGUUUCCAGUAGGCAAAGACGAGAAAAAUGGUGCUACAGUCAAGGAUCGGUUCAUUGUUGGUACCGCGUUUCUCGACGAUGAAGGGGAUGAAUCAAUCCGUGGUCGCAUUCUCAUCUUCGAGGUUGAUAAUGGCCGCAAGUUGACACAGGUUGCGGAAUUACCUGUCAAGGGAGCAUGCCGGGCGUUGGCAAUGCUAGGGAAUAGAAUCGUGGCUGCUCUCGUCAAGACUGUUGUCGUGUACAAGGCAGUCAGCAACAACUUCGGCGCCAUGAAGCUGGAAAAGCUUGCCAGCUACAGGACAUCGACAGCACCAGUGGACGUCACCGUGACAGGCAAUCUCAUCGCAGUUUCCGACCUUAUGAAGAGUGUAUGUCUUGUUGAAUAUAAAGAGGGAGAGGACGGUCUUCCCGAUACACUGACGGAAGUGGCGCGUCACUUCCAGACCGUUUGGGCCACUGGUGUUGCCUGUAUCGCACAAGAUACGUUCUUGGAAAGUGAUGCAGAGGGCAAUCUAAUCAUCCUUUGCCGAAACACGACCGGCGUGGAGGAAGACGACAAACGUCGACUAGAGGUGACUGGUGAGAUCUCGCUGGGUGAGAUGGUCAAUCGCAUCAGACCAGUCAACAUCCAGCAGCUAACAAGUGUGGCUGUUACGCCGAGAGCAUUCCUGGCAACUGUGGAAGGCUCAAUCUACCUGUUUGCUAUGAUCAAUCCUGACCAUCAGGAUUUCCUGAUGCGCCUGCAAGCGACCAUUGCCGGAAAGGUGGAAUUGGUCGGAAACAUGCCAUUCAACGAAUUCCGAGGCUUCCACAGUAUGGUUCGUGAGGCACAGGAGCCCUAUCGGUUUGUGGAUGGAGAGCUUAUCGAGCGAUUCCUUGCCUGUGAGCCGAGCGUGCAGGAGGAGAUUGUGAGUAUAGUGGGAAAGAUGACCGUGGACGAAGUGAAAAGCAUGAUAGAGGCAUUGAGGCGAUUGCAUUAG